CUAACAUAAGUGAGAAGAGUAGUUUAGUUAUGUUGAUUGAACACUGAAGAGUGGUCGAUACGUUUAAUUGCGUCUUCAAUUGUCAAGUUUCAAAGUGACCGCAGUGUUUAUUUUAAAAAUUUUUAUGCAUUUGAAUUUUAAUUCAUUAUAGGAGUGUUGUGUUGAUUGUAAAACGUUGAAUUAUUGUCUUGCUAAAAUGAAUAUCAAUAUAUCCUGCACCAUUUGUUAUGGAGACUUAUUUACCACUGGAGAUGAUCAAUCCAUAUGUUCAACAAGUUGUGGUCAUGUGUACCAUAACCAGUGUCUUGUCCAAUGGAUGGAAAGAUCAAGAACAUGCCCUCACUGCCGUAAUUAUCUGGGAUAUAAUGACGUAUUCAAGUUAAAUUUACUCAUUGGAGAAACAUCUGAAGUUCAGAGUAUGGUACAGUUUAAGGAGUUGGAGAAUCGUGUGAAACAUCUUACGAAUGUCGAAUUAGAUCUGAGGACUCAAUUGGACACACAAACUAGAAUUUAUGAUGUACUUUUACAACAAAAUACAAGUGCAAUCUCAGAAUGUGAAAAAUUAAGACGAACUAUUCAGAUAAAAAAUGAGACACUAAAAGUCCAACAGGUCGCCGAACAAUGGACUAACCGGGCACUUGUACGGGAAAACAAAACAUCGAGACAAGCUAUCCAGGUUAUUAAUGAGCUAUCAACAGUCUACCUGGACAAUAAACAACGGAACGAUGCACUCGUACUGGAAAAUGAAACAUUGAGACGAACUUUUCAGAAAGAAAUCAACGAACUGAAAGACAAACUGGUCACCGAACAACGAAAAAACUAUACACUUGUACUGGAAAAGGAUACAUUGAAUCAAACUUUUCAGAUGCAAAUUAAUAAUCUAAAUACCCAACUAGUCAAUGAACAACGAGAAAAAUAUGCACUUGUACUGGAAAAGAAUACAUUGAAUCAAACUUUUCAGAUGCAAAUUAAUCAACUAAAUACCCAACUAGUCAAUGAACAACGAGAAAAAUAUGCACUUGUACAGGAAAAGAAUACAUUGAAUCAAACUUUUCAGAUGCAAAUUAAUCAACUAAAUACCCAACUAGUCAAUGAACAACGAGAAAAAUAUGCACUUGUACAGGAAAAGAAUACAUUGAAUCAAACUUUUCAGAUGCAAAUUAAUCAACUAAAUACCCAACUAGUCAAUGAACAACGAGAAAAAUAUGCACUUGUACAGGAAAAGAAUACAUUGAAUCAAACUUUUCAGAUGCAAAUUAAUCAACUAAAUACCCAACUAGUCAAUGAACAACGAGAAAAAAAAUUACUUGUACUGGAAAAGAAUACAUUGAAACUCAAACUUUUGAGAUGCAAAUUAAUCAACUAAAUACCCAACUAGUCAAUGAACAACGAGAAAAAUAUACACUUGGACUGGAAAAUCAAUCAUUGAAGGUUCUUAAAGAAGAUACUUGGAAAACUGUCAGUGAAUUAGAAAAUCGAUUGAGGUAUUAUAGAUAAGUAACGAAUGGUGUACAACACAAAAAAUUCAAGGAAAGAGUUUGAGAUGGUAUUUUAUUUUACAUGUUUACAUUUUGAUUUUAGAGUUUAGGUAUUUUGUUCGUUUAUUGUGUUCUAAAUGUCACUAACAAGUGAAUCUGUUGUAAUUUUAAAAAAAUCAAGUAUGCCAUCUGUGAUAUCACCUAUUGAAUAUUUUUAUCAUGAAUUUUUGUAACGUCUAAUCUUGGAACCAAAGAAGUACCUAUGUUAUUAUUUAAUUUGAUUUAUAUUUCCAAGAUGAACGUAAACGUUACCUACCUAUAUCUAAUUACUUUGGCACAUUAAUUUAAAUUUUCAUUAUUUUUUACAUUCAUUUUUUUCUGUGAUAGGUAUGUUUUUCAUAACAAUUUAUAAGUUUUAAAUCGGUAAUAAUUAUAGACUGCCUAUUGUGUUAAAAAUUA